UAAACGUAUCACCCAUUACUUAACAAAAUCUCACUUGCUUCCAAAAUCUUUCUUUCACAUAGUGUAGAACAACCCUCAAAGAUCAUCAAUCUAUCAUGCAAUAGCCAAGCUUUGAUCUUCUCCUUUCUGAAUGAUGUCCACACCCGGCCUUUCUUGAACAAAAACGAGAAUGGCUAGAUUCUGCUACUGUUAGAUGCUGUAUAUGUUUAAGAAUUGUUGUUCGAGGGGACUCUAAAGGCCUAUCCCUUCACUUGUCAAAUGGCAACUUCUGAGCCAAGUGCCGAGCCAUGGCUUCAUGCGGAAGAAAGAGUUGAAUCUUCUUUGGGUUUUUGUGAAAUUUGCAGGGAAAAGAAAGAAAAGCAACAGCUAAUCAAGAAUAGGAAUUGUGGUCACCCAUUUUGCUUGGAUUGUAUAAGCAAAUGUGCGGAGGAAAAUAUCAAAUUGGGCUUGAAAAUUAUUGCAUGCCCAGGAUUAAACUGUGAAUAUGUCCUGCAACUGGAGUCAUUUAAGCAUUUAAUCUCUAAGGAUGUGCUUAGCCUGUGGGAAAAGGCGCCGUCGUUGGAGCUGGUUCCAAAUUCUACAUACAGAGGAAAUGAAGAAACCAAAUCAGCUUAUAGCUAUUACAAGGACACGCCUCCAAUAUUUGAUGAUACGACACCUAUGGAACCGGGAUUGGAUAGGCAACAGAGUACUGGUUCUACUCAAUGGAAGGUCUCAGGAGAGAUCCAGGAAAAAGUAGCAAAUGAUGUAGAGAAAUUUGGAACUUCUUUUUGUGAUGAUGCUACUGCUACAGAUGAUGACAGUGACUCUGAUGCAUGGCCCGAUACUGAUGACUAUGAUUCAGAAGCAAGUCCAAGAAGCCCUAAGAGUUGCAAGAAGAGCAAAUGGUUCAAGAAAUUUCUAAAGGGAUUGGAAUAUAUGAGUACAGAGGAGAUCAAUGACCCAGCUAGACAGUGGCACUGUCCUGCAUGUCAAGGAGCUGCAGGUGCCAUCAAGCGGUACUUAAGCCUGAAGACCCUGGUGAAGCAUGCCAAAACCAAAGGGUCAAGAAGGGUGCGGCUCCACCGCGAGCUUGCACAGCUGUUGGAAGAGAAGUUGCUUGGUAGUCAGGUAUCUUCUGCUGCUCUAGGUGGUGAAGCAUGUGGCAACUGGAAAGGUCUAAAAGAAGAAAAGAAAGAUCAAGAGAUAGUUUGGCCUCCUAUGGUUGUCAUUACAAAUACAAUCCACAAAAAGGAUGAAAACAAUAAGUGGGCUGGCAUGACAACUCAACAGCUGCUGGACUUGUUUAAUUCAUACGAUACUAUUGUCAAGGCUCAACACUUCUACAAUUCAAAUGGACAUUGUGGGAUGAGUGUUUUGAUUUUUGAGAGCUCAGCCAGAGGUUAUUUAGAGGCAGAUUGGCUGCAUAGACAUUUUGCAGAGGAAGAAGCAGGUAGGAACGCUUGGAACAAUCGGCCUGUCUACUUCCUACCCAGUGGAGAGCGUCAACUUUAUGGUUACAUGGCAGUGAAAGAAGAUGUGGACACCUUCAACCAGUACUCUUUGAAAGGGAAGCCUAAGCUGAAAUAUGAGAUGAGGUCCUACAAAGAAAUGGUGGUGAAUGGAAUCAGGCAAAUGAGUCAAGACAACCUUCAGCUUCCCUGGUUGCAGAACAGAAUUGCUGAACAACAAAGCCAUGCAAAAGACCUUGAAGAGUACAAUGGCAUGUUGAAGGAAAAGCUAAACAAGGCAACCAAGGACAUGGAGAUCUUAAGACUAAAAGCCAAACAGCAGCAUGAGCAGGACUUGGAAGAGAUGCAAUUUCUAGAGCGAUUUUACAAGGACCAAAUCAACAGUAUUCUUGAAGCAAGGAAAGGUAAGGAUGGAGAUUUUGAGUAUACACAACAGAAGGAAAUGCAAGAGAAUGCAGAGCAAUCAUCUGCAAACCCUUCAAAUAGAAAUGAUUACAUAAAUAACCCGAAGAAAGAGAAGAGGCGAAUGACAGAGAGCUCUGAGCAGAUUAUACAAGAAAACCUCAAUGUAGCUCCAAUUGCUUGUGAAGGGACAAUUUUCAAGACAGUUAUGGGAAGGAGACCCAGAACUGAGCCAACUCCUAGAGGAGAAAAAGGCCUUGGUUACCCAGAAAAAGGAAGAGCCGAAAGACAAGAGUCUUUUAGGAGAAAGGCCACCAUAGCAGACCCUGGUGAAACUAUUGCAUCUGAAGCUACUUACGGCCACAUGGUUCAUAUUUGCUUAAUCAUGAUAUCUGGAAAUUGGUUUACCUCACAUCCAAGCAAAAAGGGUGACCACAGUUCCUAUUCUUGAUUAGCUGUUCAUUUUCUUUCUUCUCCCUCCACAUUUCACAUAAACCCAGAGACGAUUCACCUCUUAUUUCCGCAUGAAGCGAUGGUUCAGCACUUUGGCUCAGAAGUUGGCAUUUGACAAGUGAAGAGAGAGGCCGUUAGUGCCUCCUGGAACUGCAAUGCUUGUGCAUAUUCAGCAUCUAACAGUAGCAGAACUUUGUCACCUUCGUUUUUGUUCAAGAAAGGCAGGGAGUGGGCAUCAUUUUGAGGAGGAAUAUCAAAAGCUUGGACCAUUGCCAUGCUAUAAAAUCUUUGGAUCUUGCAAGGGGGUUGAAAGACUUGGCUUGCCAAGAGGUAAUGUCCCUUCUCAUUAAAUGCUAAUAGCUCUAGUUUUUUUUCUCUAAAAUUGUUGCUAUUAAAUGUCUUGAUAUUGGUUUAUCUGCCAGAUUUUAUGCUAUUUUACCCUUCUAAUAUGGAUUUUACAGACCUUGCAUUCCUUU